AUGGACAUUGGGGAGGUGAUAGUGGAAAGUGGAAAGAUAAUUUCUUUUGUGGCUUAUAUUAAUUCUGGAUAUUGUGACAUUUAUAGAAAUAUUGUAGGACUUAUGAAACUACAGCCAAAAAGAGUGAAAAAAAUUCAAAAACUUGUUUGUAUGGGUAGACUUAAGGAGAAGGAGUCCUUUGGUGAGAUUAGUGUUCUUCUUCAAGUUCCUUUCACAUGCACAGUAGUUACUGGAAAAGAGGUUGAAAUGGCAAUCAUUGAAGAUAAGGACCUAUUUGAAUUAGACCCAGUGACCAAGCAACUUAUGCUCCAUACUGCUAAACCAACUUUUGGCCAUCUGACAGAUGAGGAUAUCAAAACUGAAUAUUUGCAAAGGGAACAAAAAAAGGAAUGGAAAAAUUUCAAGGAUAGAACAAUGAAAAAUUCCUUGUACUAUAAUGGAAUUAUUCCAGGCUUUGGAAAAUGGGACCAUUGCUGGACCAGCAUUCCUAGGAAUCUCAAGGAUACUCUAGUCAGUUAUUAA